AUGGGAAAUUGUUCAUCCAAAAAAGAUCCUAAGAAAAAAUCAACCCCUAUAAUAAAAUUAGAAGAAUUUAUAAAAAAUGUAGAUCAUAACAACAAUGCUCAUGAUUAAGCUUUGGUCAUUUUAUAUCAAAGUAGAAAUUAACGUCUAAAACAUUUAAAUGAACCUAUUUUAAGUGGUUUUGGCAAACAGUUUUCUAGAACGACAGAUUAAUCUCAACAAAGAAAUUCUACUUGA